CUUCUAAUUAUGUCUGCUCGUGAAACCGCCCUCUUCUUCCUCCCUAUAAAGCCAUCUCUUCUCUCUCAUCCCCUCCACCGCCGUAGUAGUCCUUUUAUUCGUUUUCUUUAUCUUAUUUUCAGUCCUUUUUUAAAAAAAUUUAAUUUAAUCAAUUUCAAUCAUUUGGUUGCUUAGAGAAAUAAAUCUUACUUUUGAUAAUAAUAAUAAGAAAAAUUCUGAGAGAAAAAGAGAGAUAGUGAGAGACAUGUUGGAAAAUCUUCAGUCCACCACCACCGCUACCUACUCCGCCUCCGGCAUCCGCUCGCCACAGCCGCGGUUCUUCUAAAGGUAUCUCCGUUUUUUGGCUCUCCUGCUGGCUAUCUCUACUAUCUUUUUUUUUUUUAAAUUGUUGUGUUGAUUUUUAAAUUUUGUUUAUCUGAAAACCCUAAUUUCUGGCGGUUGUGAGAUCCGGUGGUGGAAUCGGUGUGAGUGGAUGUUUAUUUUGUAUGGCGCCAUUGGAGAUGUCGGAUCAGGAACUCAGGUUUUGGAUCGGAAUCUGCAAUGCGCGAUUAGUCCAUGCUACGAUGUAUGGAGUGUUUUGACUUCUGGAAAAGAUCAUGUUGCAGUGCCUAGAGGGAGUGAAGCAUCUGUGUGCUGUUGUAGUAAAUUGUUGUGAUGCUGAUCUAUAUAAACAACCUAAGGGACUUGAAGAUCCCGAAGCUCUUGCAAGGGAGACAGUAUUUAGUGUAAGUGAAAUAGAAGCACUUUAUGAACUGUUUAAGAAGAUCAGCAGUGCUGUAAUUGAUGAUGGCCUCAUCAACAAGGAAGAAUUUCAACUGGCGUUAUUUAAGACAAACAAAAAGGAGAGUUUGUUUGCAGACCGGGUAUUUGACUUGUUUGACACAAAGCACAAUGGAAUACUAGAUUUUGAAGAGUUUGCGCGUGCCCUCUCUGUCUUUCAUCCCAAUGCACCCAUUGAAGACAAAAUUGACUUUUCAUUUCAACUGUAUGAUCUAAAGCAACAAGGGUUCAUUGAAAGACAGGAGGUCAAGCAGAUGGUAGUGGCUACGCUUGCUGAAUCUGGCAUGAAUCUUUCAGAUGAUGUAAUAGAAAGUAUCAUUGAUAAGACCUUUGAGGAAGCUGAUACUAAACAUGAUGGGAAGAUAGACAAGGAAGAAUGGCGAAGCCUUGUUUUGCGACAUCCAUCUCUUUUGAAGAAUAUGACCCUUCAAUACCUAAAAGACAUCACCACUACAUUCCCAAGUUUUGUGUUUCACUCACAAGUGGAUGACACUUGAGUUGCAGAGCUACAUCAAGUUCUAUCAUCUUGAGCAGGGAUGGUUUGUUUCUCCUAGACAAUAUGGCCCUUCUGUGUGCAGUGGUGUUCAGAAGAAACUUCCUGAGAGUUAAAUUACACACAGUUACUUGGAUGUUGGCUUUGUGUUCAUAUUUCCAGUAACUAGACCUUUGUGUUCCUUUUUGGAUAAAUGAGGCUUUUUUUAGUUUUUAACAGAAGGGGGAUGUGCUUGCUGUUUAAUUAUUUAAUGUGCUUUUUUUUUUGGGGGGUAAAAAAAAAGUAAUAUUCUUGUUAGGACUUGUCAUACUUCUUUCUUGCUUGCCAUGGAUCUGACGGUAGACCAAGCAUUCAAUCAGCUUGCGCUUUGUUUGCUAGCCUCCGCAGGUUCAAAUCACAGUCACUGCCUCUUUUUCUCCAGUGUAGCGGGAUGAACGGGAUCAGGACUUUGCUGGACCAUGCUGCUAUGUUUCACUGGUUUCCAGUGCUACGAUGGCUUUUCCUUUCCAGGAACAUGACCCGCUUUCUCUGAAGUAGUUAUCUGGUUUGCUUCGAACUUACCAGCAUGCCCAUGUAAUUUCAUGCAAUUUAUGUGAAAUCAAAAGCUUUCUGUUCACACCCAUGUUGCAGGUUGUAACUUAUUAUUUGAACUGAUCGUUGGCCCUUUCUUGGAUGGAGAAGUGGUUCGUUCUUCGCAAUAAAUGCUAUUUUCCUGUGA